AUGCCGUCCCUGAGAUCACUUUCGGCGGCAUUGUUGCUUGUCGGUGUCGGUGCGGUAGCCGCCCAGAAUCUGAGCCCGACACAGGAUAUCAACCUGCCAGAUGUCGUGGGCGCAGCAGACCCUCUCGCGUGGCUCGGUGCGAGCAGUCCUUGGAUCGCUGGUCCCAGUAUCAAGGGUAUCUCUAGCGAUGUCCCUGAUGGCUGCUCAGUACAGCAAGCAGCCUACCUGGUGAGACAUGGAAGCAGAUUUCCCGAUCCAGGUUCCUACCAGGGCUGGGUCACUUUGUACAACAAGAUUCAAGCAGCAAACUUCACCGCUACUGGUUCCUUGGCUUUCUUGAAGUCUUGGGAGCCGGUGCUGAAAAACACCACUGUUCAGAUGUCCCAGGAAUCCAUCACGGGUGCUAAGGAGGCUUAUGAUCUGGGUUAUUCCAUGAGAACACGAUACCCCGACCUCAACUAUGUCGAUGGCCAGCCCUUCCUGGUCUGGGCCAACCAGUAUUCCUGGCCCAUUUCCGGGUCCCGUGUGGUGAAUACUGCGCGCAACUUCAUGCGCGGAUUCAUGGGAACGCUGGCCGAACAGUUCGGUAGCGUGGUCAGCAUCAACUCGACCUCGUCGCCGCUGGCAACGGGCAACUCGCUCGGCCCCUCAGACAGCUGCCCGCUGUUCAAGGCGACCAAAACCAACAAGACCACCGAGUGGAACAACGUCUAUCUGCCGCCCAUCCAAGCUCGGUUGUCCAAGCUGAUCGAUGGCGACCUCAAUUUGACCAGCUCCGACAUCUCGGGCUUCCCCUCUCUGUGCGGCUACGAGUCGCAGAUUGUCGGCCGCCUCUCUCCAUGGUGCAGCGUCUUCACCGACGACGAACUCAAGGGCUUUGAGUACGCGCAGGGCCUGAGCUACUAUUACACCCAAGGACCGGGCUCGGCCAUCCCGAAAUCCAUGUGGCUGCCCUACCUCAAGGCUCUGCUCUCCCUCUUGGACCAAGGGCCGGGCCAGGUCGGGGUCGACUUCGACGGCUCCUCUUUCGUUCUGCCUGACCUGCUCAUGAACUUCUUCAACGACAACCAGAUUGCGCAGAUGACGGCCGCCAUGGGCAUUUUCGAUGACCAACCACCCUUGCCCUCCACCGGAAUCCCCGACUACUGGACCUACAUCACAUCGCGCUUCAUCUCCAUGAGGGGCACCGUCGCUUUCGAGGUGCUGAACUGCGAGCCCGAUGCUCCUCGUCCCACCGGUCCUGCAUCUGCAACUGCAACGACCAGAACCAAGUCCGCCACCGCGACGACUACGACUCCGGUCGGGGGUGCUUCGACGACUCUUAUCGGGGCUGUUUCUACCACUCCUACUCUGAUCGAGGUUGUUUCUCCCACUCCUACUCUGGUCGGGACUGCUCCUCCCACUUUAUCUGACUGCGGAGAGCCCGUGACCGUGACUCGGACAAUGGGCCAGCACUGGGAUGGGGAUGGGGAUGGCUCGCAUUCCCAUUCCAAGCGUGCCACGUCUGGCAAUUCGACCUAUAUCCGGAUCCUCCUCAACGAUGCUGUCUAUCCAGUGUCGUGUCAGGACGGUCCAGGAAACAGUUGUUUGCUAAGCAGCUACUUGGACUUCAUCGCCGACAAGUACAAUGCCUGGGGAAACUUCAACGAGAACUGCAACGUCACGGCAGCCGGAACUCCGGCGGUGGUGGAGGGCGCCAGUUUCUACACGAAUCUGACCUUGCCCUUCUUGACCAGUGUGACACCUUAG